AUGUCUGGCCGCGUGGUUACAACCGCUCUGUUCACUGGGGGAGGGAAGGGGUGGUAUUUCCCGUGUUGGGACUCGACAAUUUCCGCCCCCUCUUUUUCUUUUCUUUUUCUUUUUCCUCUGUUUAAUUUAUCUCGACUGAAUGAGCUCCUUGCAGAUUUUGAAAGAACGGGCCCUAAUAUCAGACGACUUGCGCUGAUCGACCAGAUGGCACACCACUGCUUUAAACAAAUUUUCCUUCUUUCUCGUUCUUUUCUCCUUGUUCUCUAUCGUUCUUACAGCAGGCGAACGGAAAUUAAAAAAACUUUUCUUUUCUAUCUGAAUCUUCUUACGAAGAAAUCUCGUCGUAAUCAUUUCUUUCUUCUUCGUAAGUCGACGAUAACUUGUAUAAAUUCCUCUUUUGCCUCAUUUCUUUUCUUUUCUUUUCCUCUUUUCUUUUUUUUCCUGUUUACAAAAUCGUCUCUCUUACUUUCUGACCUUCUUUCUCCUGCCUUCUUUUCUUUCCUCUUUUCCUUGCUUUCUUUCUCUCCAAUUAUUCCUUCUUAUACUCCAUUGUCUCUAUUUCUUUACUCACAAUGUUUCUUUUCUUCUCAUCCUUGCUUCUCUUCUUUCGUUCUGACUUUUCCUUUCUCCAAUUCUCCAGAUGCUCCUUCUCUUUCUUUUUUUUUUUUAUCUUUCCUUCUCACUUCAAAUUUCUCUGACGGGCCUGGUUCUUUUAGGGUGGUUUCUCUCCCUCUGGAAUACCAGGCGCUCAACAUCGAGUCUGGACUUUUCUUUUCUAAAUUCUUUUUUUUCAUUUCUUUCCAGGCGCUUUUUCUCCUUUCUCUCUUGCUUUCUUGGAUAAGCUCCUUUCUUCUUUUUAUUAAAGGAUAG